AUGUCCCAGUCCUUCCCACCGGCACUGGCUCCCCCAGGCAGCUCCCCAGAGUCCUUAACCUCUGCACCUGGGCACCUGUCGCUCAUCUACUGCUCGCACUCUCUUUGUCCCUCGGAAGUUGUCAGUCUGGAGAACUCCGGCCUCUCCAGACGGCAGGGCAGAGGCUGGCAGAAACCCUUGGGAAGGGUGUCCCUGACCCUUGAGCCCCACCGUGACCCCCUCAGCCCACGCCUACCUUGUGUCUGCAGGCUGCUUCGAGGAGACGCUGUGGUGGAGCUGGGCCUCAACGACUACCUGGACAUCUUCUGCCCGCACUAUGAGGGCCCGGGGCCCCCCGAGGGCCCUGAGACGUUUGCUUUGUACAUGGUGGACUGGUCGGGCUAUGAGGCCUGCCAGGCACAAGGGCCAGGCGCCUUCAAGCGCUGGGAGUGCUCCCUCCCCUUCGCUCCCUUUGGCCCUGUUAAGUUCUCGGAGAAGAUUCAGCGCUUCACACCCUUCUCCCUCGGCUUCGAAUUUUUGCCUGGAGAGACCUACUACUACAUCUCGGUGCCGACGCCCGGGAGUUCUGGCCAGUGUUUGAGGCUCCAGGUGUCUGUCUGCUGCAAGGAGAGCAAGCCUGAGUCAGCUCAUCCUGUUGGGAGCCCUGGAGAGAGUGGCACGUCGGGGUGGCAAGGCGGGGGCACCCCCAGCCCCCUCUGUCUCUUGCCGCUGCUGCUGCUCCCAAUCCUUCGUCUCCUGCGAGUUCUCUGAGCCGAGGACCUUUCCUGACACCCCAGGAGCCAGAGCCCCCCCCAAGACGCCCUGGAGCAGGAGCCCCUGCCGCCUGAGCUAGGAGUGCCACGCCCGACAGACAAGGUGGAGGCGUGAGGAGGGAAGCCAGAGGGUCCGAGGUGACCCCUGCGGUGCUGGCCCCCUCGUCCCAGGCUGAAGAGGAGCCACGGGGGAGCUGCCGGCCGCCUUGGGCAUCUGGAACCAAGGCCAGCUAAGCCCAGGUCUCCUCAGCUGCUCUGAGGGCCUUUCCAUCUCCCAGGAAGACUGGAAUUUGGUGGGAUUGAAGCCUUGGGCCUGCUGGGGGCCAAGACGAAGAGCUGGGGCAGGUGGACUGAAGGACCAGGGCAAGGAAGCCGCCCAGACCUGCCAUCUGUGCCCAGUGCCCUGUGGACCCUGCCCGAGGGCAGCGCCUUUCCCUUCCAGGGGGCCACUCACUUGUCUUCCGUGAAGACAGACUUGCCACGAGGCUGAAUUUCAUACCAGUUUGUAUUUUUAUAAGUUUCUGGACCAAACCCUCAAUAAACCACCCAUCUUUUUUGUUGCUCUCCUCAA